AUCACCUUGCAUUGCACACCACAAUUUGAAUACUAGCAUACAGAUAACCAGGACACUGACAUGAUGUGCAAAGUACUGAUCUUCGCCUGCAUUUCAGUAGCAAUGCUUAUGACUACAGCUUAUGGAGCAACUCUACCGCCAAAAGAACAGGAUAUUCUUCCAACAUUAAUUUCGGAUUUAGAAUUACUGGAAAAGAGCAAGAAUAAGAUUCAUCUCGAGCUCUACACACCAAGUGAGACCCAGGAGUGCAUCCAUCAAACUCUGCAGUGUUACCAGAAAGAAAUCAUUACUCUGAGAAAAGAAAUUGAAGAUGAGCCUGAAAUUGAAAACAAAGUUCGAACUGCUCUUCAACAUAUCGAAAAUAAUCUCGAUACUCUUAUGGAGCAGACUCCCAUAGGAGGCGAAUGCAAGAUCUGUGAAGCUAACGACAAGAAAAGUUUUCCUGACUUUCACCAAAAACUCACCGACUUCCUGAGAUCUAUGCACAAAUAAGCAACUAAUAACUUUAUUUUUUUUACUGCUAUGUUAUUUAUUUAAUUAUUUAAUUACAAAUAAUUUAUAUAUUUUAUCCCGUGGCUAACUAAUCCUGCUGUCCAUUCUGGGACCACCGUAUGCUCUUAGUCUGGGUGAUAAGACGUCUGUUCUAAGAUCAUAUUUGAUCCUUUCUGUAAGCCCUACGGGCUCAAAAUGUAUGUUGGAAAGCUGAUUGAUUCUCACUUUGUCAGUAAAGCGACAAGCAUUUACUGAAAGAAUUCUGAAAAGUCACUUCUGGAUGACAUUUAAUAAAUUUCAGUAACAUA